CAGCUGCGAAGGCGACAGGAGGGGUGGGCGGAUGUUCUGGAAUGGCGGCCGCGCGAGCCAAUGGUGCGCCCGCUUCCGCCUAGAGCGGCCCAUUCGGCGCCCGCGGUGGGCGCGGCCGAGCGGGCAGCCCCGGGAGGAGGUUCAGCAGGCGGAGAGGGGGGUGAGAAGUUGCUGCGGAGGCGCCUCUUUGGGGGAAGAUGGCUGAUUUUCUGAAAGGGUUGCCUGUCUACAAUAAAAGCAACUUUAGCCGGUUCCACGCAGACUCCGUAUGUAAAGCGUCGAAUCGAAGACCAUCAGUUUAUCUGCCCACACGGGAAUACCCAUCGGAACAAAUCAUAGUAACAGAAAAGACAAACAUUCUCUUGCGUUACCUACAUCAGCAGUGGGACAAAAAGAAUGCAGCGAAAAAAAGAGACCCUGAACAGGGUGAAAUAGAAGGUGAAAAUUCUGCCCCGCCGCGCAAAAUCGCCCGGACAGACAGCCAAGAUAUGAACGAGGACACUUAAAAAACAAAUCAAAAAACUUUUGCUUGUCUUCUGUGUUAACAUUUACAGGGGCUUCCUGUGUGGGUUUUUCUUUUGGUCACAUUUCCACAACCACCCUUCCUUGCCCACCUCCCUCUCGCCCUCCCUUCACUAUGCAGCCCAAACCAUUUCUGACUUCGUAGGAGCCAAUGUAUUUAUUUGUUUGUGUGCAUGGGGAAAGUGUGUGGGGGUGGGUGGGAAGUGCGUGAGGGGGAAGAGAGGCCUCUUCGUCCAUUUUUUUAAAUUAUUAUUUAUGCACUCUCCUUCCCUCCCCCUGGUGAAGCAAGUCAGAAAACAAAUGAUGUCUAAACUGUGAUCAAUGCCUUUUUUAAAAAAAGAAGAAAAAGACCCCCACUUUUGUGGCUGUUAUUUGCCCCAUCCUUCCCCACCAUGUUUCUACUAAUGUGGACUGUUCUUCAUGGGGGGAGCCCAGUUCAUGCUGAACACCCCUUUUCCCAUCACACGUUUUCCUUGUGGAAAGGGCUGGAUUGAUUUUUUUCCCCUUCCUGCAGCCCUCCUAAUCUGUUUUGAGGUGGGGAGACAAAAUCCUCUCCCAUUUUCUGACAAGAAAUCCAAGAAAAUCGAUUGCGAUGUCCCUCUUCAGUGGAUGGUCCCCAUCGGAUACGUUCAUUUUGCUGAAAACUGUUCUAACUGUCUUGUCUUUUCUUUUUUAACCAUUUUUAGUCUUGUCUCCUGGGGAGUUUGUUAGCAUGCCAGCUAUAGAUUGCAAGGGAAAAAUAUGUUUCUGCUUUGACCCCCCCCGUCUCUCUCCCCCCUGCUGCUCAGAGCACCCUUUGAAUGGACCAGUCCUGUGCAACUUCUCCAGUAGAAUAAAGAAAGAUCUUUUCUCACCA